ACGUUUGGAGCGAGGGAGGGGGGAGGGGUCCCGCUUUCUCCAUCGAACACCACUCUCAGACGACAGGAAGGAGAAACAGACAGAGAGAGAAAGACACAAAGACAGAGAGAGAGACAGAGUCCAGAAGAUCCCCAAAAACUUUGAACGGAAGUGUUUGAACUUGGCAGAGAACGGGCGAGAGACUAUAACUGACUGGAGAGAGGGCGAGAGAGAGGGCGAGAGAGAGGGAGAGAGAGAGGGAGGAAGCUGAAGAGGAGAUGAUGGCGAUGACACACACUCCGGCGAGCCUCGAGUUCACAGCACCCCGCUUCUCCAUGACAGGCAGAAUGGUGGCGAUGUCUCCUGGAGAGGACGGUCUGAUCGGAAUCCCAUUCCCUGAGCACAGCAAUGAGCUGUUGUCCCGCCUCAAUGCUCAGCGCCGCUCCGGCCUGCUCUGUGACCUCACACUGACCUCCCGUGGUGCCCGCUACCCCACACACCGCGCUGUCAUGGCGGCCGUCAGCCUGUAUUUCCGCCGGCUGUUUGGGGCGGAGGACGUGGGCGAGGCUGGUGAGGUGAGUGAGGGCUGCAGUGUGUGCCAGCUGGACUGUGUGUCCCCAGAUGCUCUGGACGCUCUGCUAGAGUUCGCCUAUACAGCUACGUUAACCAUCCGCUCAUCUGGCAUGCGCGAGGUCCUCGAGGGGGCGCAGCUACUUGGCAUCCAGUGCGUGGCUGAUGCCUGCCGCCACAUCUUGGGCGAGGUGGGGGAGAGUGGUGAGCUGGGUGGGGAAGGUGACGAACCGUGUGGGGGGGGUGAGUUGGGUGUGACCUACAAGGAAAAAAGAAAUCAGUUUGAGAACAUCCAAAAGACACCAUCACGCAGAAAACAAGACCGUCGCAACGUAGAGAAGGCAGCAUCACCUGUACGUCUGGCGUGGAGCACACAAUCCCAGGAGGACAAGCCCAAAUGUGAAGUUCCACCCACCCCUGAGCACAAACCCCACCCACCACAGAAUGGAGCUUCAAAAAGUGCUCAGCAGUUGGGGCUCAUGAACGGAGGAGCACACUGGCAUUCACAGCCAGCUAAAGAGGAGGAGGAGGAGUCAAAACCCGAGGGGCUCACACCUCCUCUGAACCACACCCCCUCUCAGGCUGAAACAGCAGUGGGUGGAGCAGUAGAGGGUGUAGCCAGGAAGAGGAAGUCUCAGGCUCCUCAGCAGUGUCCCGUCUGCCAGAAGAUCAUCCAUGGAGCAGGAAAGCUUCCACGUCACAUGAGGACACACACGGGCGAGAAACCGUUCCAGUGUAUGACCUGCGGCGUGCGCUUCACACGGAACGAUAAGCUGAAGAUCCACAUGCGGAAGCACACGGGCGAGCGGCCGUACUCCUGCCCCAGCUGCCCCGCCCGCUUCCUGCACUCCUAUGACCUGAAGAACCACCUGUCCCUGCACAGCGGGGUGCGGCCCUUUGAGUGUCCGCUCUGCCAUAAAGCCUUCGCCCGUGAGGACCACCUGCAGCGCCACCGCAAGGGCCUUGCCUGCCUUGAGCUUCGCCCACGUCUGGAGCUCCGCCCACGCCGCACUCGCCACACUGCCUCUCCUCACUCUCCACUGUCGCCAGCAUCGUUAUCUCCAAAAUCCUCAUCAUCCACUGCACCACACUUCCUGUUCCGGCAGGAAAUGGAGAACCAAGGCGCUCCAUCAAAUGGGCCAUUGAUUCCUGGAGGCGUGGCAUAUCACAGAAUCCUCCAGUGGAGGGUGAUGGAAGAGAGAGGAGACACAGGAUGGAGGGAGGAUGAGGAGGAGUCUUAGUUUGUGUCUGUGUGUGUGUGUGUGUGUGUGUGUGUGUGUGUGUGUGUGAGAGAGGGAGAGAGACUAUGCCGCUAAUGAAAGACCAACUUAAUGUAAAAAUAAUCAAAAAAUUACAAAAAGGAAUCUGAAUCGGAGAAACGGGUUCUUAUUUUCUUUCCUUUCGUGUUGUUUUUAUAAAAGCAGCUUAAUUUUGUUUUUGUGUGUGUAACGCUGGAACGUCGGGGCUUUGAUCUCAGUGCGCUUUGUGUUCAACUUUAAUCUUUAAUCACAGAAAUGAAUAAUAAAUGAUAGAUUUAUGUUGUUAAUAUAUUCAGGGUGAUGAAAUAUAAAAUUAAAUAAUACUGGGAGUUUAGUGUGUGUGUGUGUGUGUGUGUGUGUGUGUGUGUGUGUGUGUGUGUGUGUGUGUGUUUUAUGGCGUUUAAACAGUACUUUUUUUAUUUAAAUCUAAAGUAUCUUUCUAAGAUUCUGUUUAAACGUCAUGGAAAGUGGUUUAUUAGUGACACCCGGUGGUGGAGCAGAGAACUGCACUUCCCCAGCAAUCCCCGCCACUAUAGCAACUCUAUAGCUUCAACUUCGCAAUAAAACAGGGCUUAUAUUGAAACCUCCUACAAACACCAUAGCAACCACCUCGGACCUCUAGCAACCAGCUGGCACAGCAUAGCAACUUUUAAACAUUUUAAUGAUUUAACACAGCCUUUAGCUUUUUAACCUUUACUUCCUUAACUGUUCAUAGCAACCAAGUAACAACACCCUAACAACCAACUUAGUUAGCAUAGAAAUUUAGGAUAAAACAACAAUCUAAGCUUUAUAUAUAUAUAUAUAUAUAUAUAUAUAUAUAUAUAUAUAUAUAUAUAUAUAUAUAUAUAUAUAUAUAUAUAUUUUACUUUUUAACGUUUACGUGCUUAACUAUUUAUUCGUUUAACACCUUUAGCAUGUUUAUCAGGAUCUGUCAAGUCAACGCUUAAAGUUCAUUCACAAACUUUAGCCGUCUAGUUAAUUUUUAAAUUACUAUUCCUUCGCACUUGCUAACUUUCUUGCAUAAAAUCUUAACACCUAAUAAAAUCUAGUAGAAUUACCUGUGAUGUAGCUGAUGUCAUUCCACAAAGGUUCAGUAUUUUUAAACUAUACGCAUGAUACUGAUCCCGUGUUCUAAUUAGCUUUGCUCACCAAUAAAAGAAUACUACUACUAAGCAUAAUACAAUAACUAUACGAAGCCAAAUAAACUAGCUUACUGAGUGACAGUGAGUAUGCUAAUUAGCUAGAAGAAUAACAAUAAAAUUAUAUUAAUCAUGUUGACAAACAACAAAAAACACGUUUUGUCAAAUGUUUUAACUUUAAUUGAUCUAAUAAAGUAAAGGCGUGGCCCUUAAAAUGUCCAAGGGGACUGAACCAUGGAUGAGGGAAAGUGUUAAUAACAGCUUUUCUUAUCAGCUAGCAUGCUAAUUACAUGGUGAUACUUAAGCAAGGAUGGAAUAGGGAGAGGGGACGUGUUAAAAACAGGAUUGGAACAGGGCCCAAUUCCUGAAUGAGUUUAGCACUUAAACAGAUAAAUCUCUGGACCUUGUCAUUAUUAUUAUUAUUAUUUAAAAUUAUUCUUAUUCUUCAUGCCACUUCCUCUGUAGAUAAAUAUAAACUGUAGAGCCUUCUGUGGGUUUAUUUAUUAGUUAAAUAUUUAAUAUUUCUUUAAUGUUCUCUUUUAAACACACACACACACACACACACACACACACACACACACUGUGUGUAUCUUUGUGGUUUGUGAUGCCACAGUGAUGAGGGAAGGGCUCUAGUCCAGCAGGGGGCGUCGCGCUCUCACACUUUAGCAUUCACGUGUUUUACUACUUAUAUCUGUUUGUGCUCUUACGUUGAAGCUGCGUCUCAAGUCAUGUAUCCAUGGUGCACUAGCCUUAAUUAUCACAGUAGUGUGUUCACACUGGGAGACUCUGCAUCAGAAAUCGCCUACUGUGACAGCACCUUCUGCUUUCGGUUCAGUAGCUACUGCAUUUGUUUCAGUAGCCACUGCAUUCGGUUCAGUACCUUCUGCAUUCAGUUCAGUACCUACUGCUCGGCCAUUGAUACAGUACGUCCUGGUCAGUAUAUGACGUAUGUACUAUGAAUUCAAUCUGAACGUACUUUAGUCACCAUGUUGGCCAUGUGCCAGAGAGCCGACGUGCUGCAUUCCACCAUUUUUGAUUCUGACAGCUCUUCAUCGCCAGUCCUGUUGCAUCAUGGAAUAGCGCAGUGUCCCAUGGUUCCAUACUGUAGAAUUGAGGCGGAAGCAGUGGGUCAUCCCGAUAUUUCUCACCUACUGAUGUACUGUAUAGUAGGCAUGUAGAGAUGUAGGGAUAUUCAGUGAGAUGCAGUGCCCUAUUAACACUGUGAUAAAGCACUUUUUCUAUAUGGAGCAGAUGGGAACUGGCCAAUCAGAACAAGAGCUUACAACAGGAACCAAUGACCGAAUAAGGGCGUGGCAAUGUGUGGAACACAACAGGGGUCAGAACGCUUUAAUUUCUUCUUUAAGCACAAAUUUAAUAAACUUUUCAAUGAGGAGCGUCGCUGUUCUUCUAAAUGAACAUUCAAUAUUGCAGAUGCUUCUUUUACUUCCUUCUGUAGAGUUGAUAUGGAAAUGGAACUAUUGGAGGCAGAGCUUCCUGUUCUGAACGCCACUGAUUAUAUGCAGUCUCUGCAAAAGAGCUACCCUCUUACCUACCAUUUUAGUCUUUGGUCAAGUUUUUGGUUCUGGAAAUGUUUGGUUCUUCAGAAUAAACUGAAUAACUGAAUCAGUCAUGUGUGUUUUAAAGAAAGGUUUAAGAGCUGUGUGAGUAAAUCUGCCUUCAAUUUCUCAGGAAUUAUAAAGCAAUGCACUGAAAUGCAUAUGUAAAUGAGAAUGCAAAUGAAUAUGCAAAUGAGUGAUGGAUAUUAUUAACCCUUGUUUAUUUUUGUGGAAUACAGAUGAUGAUGAUGAUGAUGAUGAUGAUAUAUUUCAAAUUCCUAAAUAAAUUAUUAGAGAAUUUUAUAUUAUAUAGAAUUAUAGUUUAUUACACAGAACUGGGUGUUUAUGAGGGAAUUAACAGAUAUCUUGAUCACUGUUAAUAAACAGAAAUAAUUACGUGCUGUAUAUUUCUCUGGUGUAAACAUACAAGGUCAAUAAAUAGAGAAUAUUCUAGUAGAA